AUGGCAGUUAAGUUAACACGAGUCAAGGGCCAAUGUACAAGGACCAAACGGUCCAAGCCUCUUUUCUUCACUCACUCUUCAGCAUUCUCCUUGGAUAUCUUGCGCUCUUCUUCUUCUUCUCAAUUUUCUCUGCUUCGAUUCACAAAACCUAAUUACUCUUCCCCAAUUCGAAAAUCCUCGCAUAUCCUGACUCUGAGUGUCAGGUCAAGUUCAUUUCCUCAGAAAGGAAAGUAUCACAGAGAGCUUCAAGCUGCAGUGGACGUUGUUGAGAAAGCUUGUCGUCUUUGUGUUGAUGUCAAGAAAUCAUUGUUAUCUAGUGAUGAAAGGAUUCUCGAAAAGAAUGAUCAAACACCUGUUACUGUAGCGGAUUUUGGAGUUCAAGCUCUAAUUAGCUUGGAGCUUGGUAGAUUGUUUCCUUCAAUUCCAUUGGUGGCAGAAGAGGACUCAUCAUUCUUGACAUCGAACACUGUAGUGGAUUCUAUUGUGAAUACUGUAAUAGAUAAAUCAGAUUCAACCGAGAAACCAUUAACUCGGGAUGUUGUUUUACAAGCGAUUGAUAGAGGGGGGAAGGAUGGGUUUACUUUUGGAGAUAAGCCUGCUACGUAUUGGGUGCUUGAUCCGAUUGAUGGUACGCGUGGGUUUUUGAAAGGUAGCGAGGCUUUAUAUGUGGUAGGCUUGGCUCUUGUUGUGGAAGGAGAGGUUACUUUAGGAGUUAUGGGCUUCCCUAACUGGCUGGGAGAUUCUUCCACCAAAUCUUCCAAUCAAGACCAGACAGACAAAUCUGGUCUACCAUCUGGAUCAGGGACUAUUAUGGCGGCCCAUGUUGGUUGUGGAACUUGGAUGAAGAGUUUAUCAGAUAUUCUGGGUGACAUGGUUGGUGCGCAGAGCAGUUGGAGCAGAUGUUAUGUCGACAAAAGUUGCUUGGUGCGUGAGGCUAGAUUUUGUAUUUCUGAAAGUCAGACCUGGGAAUCGUUGCCACUAUCUACUCUGUACAGUGCAACCACUAAUUCUGAUAGUCUUGGGGAUAAACAAGUUCUUCUUGUGCCGACUUGUUGCGGAAGCCUUUGUAAGUACUUAAUGGUGGCAUCAGGUAGGGCUUCAGUGUUUAUUUAUCAAGCAAAGGCAGAAAAGUCUGUCAAGUCUUGGGAUCAUGCUGUUGGAAUAAUAUGUGUAAACGAAGCAGGGGGGCAGGUCACUGACUGGACGGGAAGGAAGCUUGACCUUGCUGAAGAUCAGAUUGAGAGGAGGCUCAUCUUUCCUUCUGGUGGUGUGCUUAUAACAAAUGGUAACGUGCAUAAUGAAAUCCUAGAGGUUAUCUCCUCCGUUUUGCCAGUCAUUUGAUUGAAUCUUUUCUUUGUGCUCAUUUUUUCAUCUCAUUAUUUUAUACAUGCUGCUGUCAGCAUCUGUAUGUAUAAUUAUUAUGCACCCAGCCCUAUUUAUACAUUACAUAACCCUUGACUUUCUAGUUGCUGUCUAUCAUUUUUCGG